AUGAUGCUGGCAGCGGCGGCAGCGGCGGCCGCAUCGGCAGCGCCAUCCAACAGCAACAGUAUCAGCAACAGUAACGAGCCUCCCAACAGCUACGCCGGCGGCCACGCGACCGGCAAAAUCGGCACCACUGCUACUGGUGCUGCUGCAGCAAUCGGUGGCAGCGUGACGGUUGCUCCGAACGGUAGCAGCAGCUGCAACGGUUACGCUGCCGACGUGUCCCCGCUGAACAGUGCCGUCUCGAUUGCCACCUCCUCGUCGCCGCCGGCGUCGACCUCGUCGUCCUGCUCGCUGGUCGGCGGCACUGCCAAUCCACACCUCGUAUCGCCGUCACCUGCCGCCGUGCUGCUGGACGAGAAGCAGCAGCUGGUACUGCCGUCGUCCGUCUCGGAACCGAUGUUGGUGCCACCGUCGAUCAAGGCAGGUGCAAGCGUUGGUACGGGCCCGUCGCAUCGUUCGGUAGCGGUUGCACCUAGCGCAAUGGAACCCACUGGCACCAGCACGCUGUUGGGGUCCAAAGCGCCCGUGACAACUUCCGCCACCGUUGCGAUGCCGACGCAAUCCGCAAAGCAGCAGCAGCAGCAGCAGCAGCAGCAGCAGCAACUGCGCCACACAAAGCAGCACGUACCGCCGUCGUUAGCGUCCGCUGCUGCGACCACUCCGCGACCAUUGUCCGACGCGUUGACGAGCUCCUCGCGCAAACCGGGCGCAACGGGCACUGCGCCUACGAGCACGCAUCGUGUCGCCCUGCCGGUUGGACACAAAAUUGACGGUGCCAGCACAAACGACACACACGUCGGCAAUGUGAUGGUGGCAAAUGUUGCCGGUGGCAGCUGCAAAACGAAUCCAGCUGGUGGUGAUGCAACGCCGUACGGCUCUGCAGCGCAUCAGCGACAAACGAAGCAACCGCACCAGCAGCAGGCUUCCGAUGCGCACAAACCGUGCGCCGUGGAGCGAUCGAAACAGGCACAGCCUCAGCAGCAGCAAUCGGCCGUUGCUGCAGUAGCAGCCACAGUCGCAAUGCUGGCACAGCAGCAGCAGCAGCAGCAGCAGCAACACUAUCAGCAAACGUCCAGUGCGGUUACGGUCGCUUCUCAGGCGCUCAGUCAACUGUCGACGGCGGCCACCUUGCCCGCUGCUGGUCUGGCACCAGCUCCUCCCACCCAUCACGCACACCAUCACGCUCAUCUGUAUUCGCAUGCACAGCAGCAGCAGCAGCAUUCGGUCGUUUCCUUACCGAACAUUAAUGCGCCCGGCGCCGCCGCCGCUGCAGCAGCCCAUCCGCCGCAGCAGAGCAUCAACCUGAACGUGAACCAUCACGUCAUCUCGACGCCGAUCGUGGUCGACUUCUCCAACAUGACGGUGAACUGUGUGCAGCUGCAGGAGGCGGCGGCCCAGCACCCGAACCCGAUCGCGGCCGCCGCCGCCGCCAUGGCGGUCGGGUACGGGGCGGCUGCCGCUGCAGCCGCCUCCGUCCCGGCGGCGAUCGGCGCACGGCCACCGGCCGCCAAAUGA